GAAGCGCGCUCCCGCCCCUUGGGCGCGUUCACCGGGGCCGGGUGGGUAAAAUCAGCCGCAGCGGCGCAGAGCGCACAACAACACGGGAGAGGGGCGUGCACGACACCGCAGCCGGCGAAGAGUCGAUUUGUUCGAAAAGAAAAAUCCUGAAAAGUCAGCGCGCGCUUCCCACAGCGGUUCCUCAUGGCUGAAUGCUGCUCCCCCGUCACGUUUGUCGGUUUAUUCAGAAAUUCCCUGUACUUCAGAGGCACCACACCUGAAGAUGCGGAAACAGGAUACUGCACAGACGCCUUCAGAUAUUCCAAAAUGGACACCUCCCAUUUGUGCCACAUCUCGGAAAACAAAUUCCUGACCCUGAAUUCUGCAGGACAGUUUGAAUUCAAGAGCCUGAGCAUGGAGGACCUGGACCUACCCGAGAGCAACAUCACCAUCAGGAUUUACAACGACUCGUCCAAGGAGAAAAAGACGGGGACGCCGGUCAUGUUGUACACCAACAGUAACGGAAAGAAGAUGGUGGUUUGCUGUCAGGACAAUCAAGUCCGGCCGGAAGAGAUGGAUCUCCAGGAUUCCAUCAGUGGAAAUCAGCACCCAGCUCUGUUCUACCUGAUCAAACUGAAGGAACGGUCCCACUCCUACAUGUUCGAGUCCACCCUGCACCAGAACAGCUUCCUGGCACUGAAGCACGAAGACGACGCGUUCAAGCUGGUGCUGUGUACAAAAAUGGACGAGGUGGAUGAGGGCAUCGAGUUUCGUCUGGAAAGUCCUUCAGAUUCGGGAUGAACUUCUUCUGUUGAUCAGUCUUGAGCAAAAUGUGACAAUCAAUGCAAUCAUUGAAAAAAAUAAACAAAAAAUAAAACAGUGAAACAGAGGUUAAGUGAACAGUUACUAUAUAUUAAAACAAACAGGUAGAUCCCAUCUGUGACCACUAGGUGUCACUGUACGACAACAGAAAGCUGCUACAGCACCCCAGAAAAAUCUCCAUUGCCACGGUAUUUGACUGACAGAGCAAUAAAAAUGUCUCCUAAAAGGAUAAAAUAAUGGCCAGAGCAAUCUUAAGUUAAAAGAGAAAAAAAAGAGCAGCAGAAAGAGAAUAAAAUUCAAGGUACAUUUUUUCCUUUUAUUGAAAAGAAAAAUAAUAACUGAAGUGUGUGAUGUGUUGAUGCAAAGCUGUGAGCAUUAGCAGCUGUGCCCACCUGACAGAGCUCAAACUGAACUUCAGAAGGAGCCACUUUUAGAAAGGACCAGUACAAAUACCACCUCAGCCAAUGAUACUGCUACCCGUUGAAUGCCAGAAAAGUCAAAUCCAUACCUAUGCAAACGGUCAGGAUCAGAUCCGAUACCGAUAUCGUUGCGUCCCUGCUGUUGCGCAGCAGUGGGACACAGUUGAUCGAUGUCAGAGGUUUACAAACCUUUUUAGAAAUGAAGGAAAUGUUUCCAAACCAAGACCUGCAUCAAGUUCUCUUCCAGAUCAAAUGAUAAGCGUGAUACUCGAGCCCCAUGUAAGCUAAUCCUAAAGACGUUUUCUGAUGUGCUGUGUCAAAGAGCCUGGUGCUUUUUUUUUUAUUACAAAUGAAUGUCUGAUAAAUUGUCACAAGUUCUCUUUUUUAAUUCCGUAUAUGAAGAUCUAUAAACUACAGUUUUUGCUUUAUUCUGUUUUUGCCCCGUUGCAUCUAAAACCUGUGUGUGUUCUGCAGUCGAUAAAACAUGUACGACACUGUACUCCAUGCAUGUUUUCAAUACUUUGUGCUAAAUCUUGCUCUAAUUCAGUGGAUUUAUAUGUCUGUGUGUAGUAUGUUAAUCUGCUUUGAGAGGGCCUUGAAAUUUCAUCCAUCUGAAAUGCCUUUUAAUCAUGCCAACGUUUACUUUCUACGCUCCGCACUGUUGAAGUCACUUUUUUAAAAUUUUAUCACAUUCUGAGGAAAAGUCGAAAUUCUGACUUUAAAACCGUUUUGAUUUAACCCUCAGCAGUUUCACUUUUUUCACUUCAGAAUUAAUUGUUUUCAUGACUUUAUAACCAGAUUUUUUUUCAAAUUUAUGUUAUUUUUUUUAAAGAUUUUUAAAGGGUUUGAGGGGGUUAAUAUUUGUAAUCAUGUUCCAUAAAGUUUUGCUUUUGCUAGCUGGUAACAGCUGUCUUUUUCUACACAAUGCUGAAAUGUCAUAUAAAAACCAAAGACUUGAAUAAAACCAUUUGGCUCCA